AUGAGAGCAAGCAAUGAUCGUUUUAUGGAUGGUGUUUGUGCAUGUUUUUUCGAAGUUCGUCCAAAUCUUGCUGCUUUUGGUCUGUGUCAAAACCAACACUCUAUUUUUGUCAAGAAUGUUGUAUUAGAUUUAAAAGGAGGAGGUGGACGUAAAAAGGUGUUAUCAUCAAAUACAUCUCAUGUAAUUACAUCACAGACAACAUCAUCAACCUUUAACAACAAUCAAGAUCAAGAUGAAAAGACUAAAAUAAGAUAUCAAUGGGCAAAGAAUAUGUUGAAUUGGGAGGAUGGUUCAUAUUCAUUGAUCACUAGAGAAGAGUUUAGAACCAAUAUACUAUACUCUCUAUUCAUCUUUAUCACCUCUUUUAUAAUCUAUGUAAAGACUCAAUAUCCCGAUGUAUCUGGAGGUGAUGCUGGAGAAUUGAUUAUUACAGCACAUCAACUUGGUAUUGCUCAUCCACCCGGAUACCCUUUAUUUACCAUGUUUGGUCAUUUCUUUGAUAGCAUCAUUCCGUUUGGUACCGUUGCAUGGAAGGUAUCAACAAUGUCUUCCUUUUUCGGUGCAAUUUGUUCAUCUGUCAUCUAUCUAGUCAUUAAAUUAUGGAUAAAUGAUAAUUGGUGUGGAAUGGUAUCAGCAUAUUUAUUUACAUUUUCACCAUUGAUUUGGUGCUAUCAAAUUCAGGGAGAGGUAUUUUCGAUCAAUAAUCUCUUUGUUGCACUUAUCAUGUUAAUGUCAGUGUGGUAUGUUCGUGUCAGAAUCUACGAAGAUCAAGUACACAACACUUCAUUUUGGACAUCCGAACGUAUUGGGUAUCUAUCGGCAUUUGUUUGUGGAUUGGGUCUCACCAACCAACAUACAUUGGUUGUCAUUGUCGCCCCAUUUGCAUUUUGGUUGAUGUUGAUUGGCGGACGUGACCAGUUUUGGACAACCAAGUCUUUGGCCAACAUGUCGCUCUGUGCACUUGCCGGACUGUCACCCUAUCUCUAUUUGUUUGUUUCACCACGUGUCAACAAGGUUCAAUACUCUUGGGGCAAUACCGCCACCGUCUCUGGGUUCAUCACUCAUUUCCUUCGUCAGGAAUACGGUACUUUGCAACUGUACAGUGGUGACAGUGGUACCACUCAACUCAUCGAUCGAAUCAUUUUGUACUUUACCAAUCUCUCUGAUCAAUUCUCUACCGUUGGUGUUGUUUUUGCCUUGAUUGGUUUAUUAUCUUUAUUAUUAGGUAGUAAUUUUAAGAGUUUCCAAUCCAAAUCAAUUGGUACAAUGAUUUUGUUUACAUUUACCUUUUAUGUAACAUUCUUUUUCAAUCUAUGUAAUUUACCAAUUGAAAAACCAUUGUACAAGGGUGUAUUUUUACGUUUCUUUAUGCAACCAAAUGUUAUCAUCUCUCUUGCCAUUGGUGUUGGUUUGAAAUCAACAUUUAACAUUAUUUCAAAAUAUAAUCAAUCUAUCAAAAAAUAUUUAUUACCAAUUGUAUCUAUUGUUAUGAUUAUUUAUCAAAUCCAAUUAAAUUAUUGGAUGCAAGAUCAAAGUGAUAAUUAUUCAUUUAGAGAUUAUGGUCAUGCCAUUUUACAAAACCUUCCACCAAAUGCCAUUCUAUUGGUUGGUGGUGACCUUGUAACCAAUGUCCCACAGUAUCUCAAGCUUUGUCAUGGUGUUCGUACCGAUGUCGAUAUUAUCAGUCUCGAAGUGAUGAGUUGGGAUUGGUUCACAGUCACUCAAGGUCCAGUGUACAAAAAUGUAAUUUUCCCAGGAAGAGUCUAUCAUCCAAAUCUCUAUGAUGGAUUCUCAUUAAAAACAUUUUUAGAUUCAAAUCAACAUCGUCCUGUUUUCAUCUCUGGUGAUUUUAAAUACGGUGAUAAUUCAUUCCAACAACAUUAUUAUACAUUAUUUAGAGGGUUUUCAUCACAAAUUUUACCAGUCAAUGUUGAUCGUCACCACUAUCAAAUUAUAUUAAAAGAGUAUGAAAAGUAUCCAAUCUUUAAACUUCCAAAUGACACUGCCAAGUGGCCAGAGGAUUCUUGGGAGUACUUCCUCGUCAACGACGUUGCUACACAUCUUGAAAAGGGUGCAGAGAAUCUAUUGAGUACCUAUCUAAAGGAGAGUGGUGAGGAAAGCGACAAUGCAUUGCGAUUGUCAAUCAAGAUGUUGACACACGCUUUGGAAAUCCGUGCUGGCAAGUGCUGGGCACUCAAACACCUUGGAUUGUCCUAUGACCAUCUUCGAUACCGUAUCAUGAACAACCAAUCAACCAAAAACCCUCACUCACUCUAUGAAAAGUAUACUCAACAGUUGCACUACUAUUGGGGUCAAUACAUAGAUCAGUGUGCUCAUGAAAAGGAUCAGGAUUGGGCUACCAUCAAAUCAGUUAUUCAAACUAAUAAAUAA